CUUACUUCUCAGUAAACCCUCGCCGCGCCUGGAUGUCGUCCGUCCGUAGUGUUGCUAGUCAACUCUUUCAAUACCCUUUUCAACUCUUUGGCUUUACCAUAGCAUCUGGAGUUAUCAGUAGCGCGCUGAACGCACAUUGCCGGUUUCAACUCUUAAUAUUUCCCGCUGUUCUGGACUGCCUUUCCUAAAGUAAUUUUUUUCAAACAGGUUGUCAUCAUGUCCUUUCAGUAUCCGGAAGCCUAUCGUGACGAUUCUGUAAUUGAUGACUAUCAUGGUGAUAAAAUACCAGACCCAUACUGCUGGUUAGAGGAUCCUGACAGUGAAAAAACUCGGGCUUUUGUAGAGGCCCAGAAUCAACUGACUCUUCCAUAUCUUGAAGGAAGUCCUGUCAAAAAAUUAUUCAAAGAACGUAUGACAGAACUAUUUGACUACCCUAAGUACAGCUGUCCUUUUAAAAGGGGAAACAGGUACUUCCAUUUUUACAAUACGGGACUACAAAAUCAAAGUGCUAUGUAUGUCCAGGAAUCAUUGGAUGCAGAGCCCCAGAUGUUUCUUGACCCAAAUACUUUUUCAGAAGAUGGUACAGUGGCAUUAAGAGGUUAUGCCUUUACAGAAGAUGGUGAAUAUUUUGCAUAUGGUGUCAGCGUAAGUGGAUCUGACUGGGUUGAAAUCAAGUUCCUGAAAGUAGAUGGAGUGGUGGAGCUGGAGGACAAACUAGAGCGUGUAAAGUUCAGUUGCAUGUCUUGGACACAUGACGGGAAGGGCUUAUUUUACAAUUGCUACCCUGUACAGGAUGGGAAGAGUGAUGGUACUGAAACAUCUGUUAACUUAUAUCAGAAACUGUAUUACCAUGUGCUUGGAACACCUCAGUCAGAUGAUGUACUAUGUGCCGAGUUCCCAGACAAUCCAAAAUGGAUGGGUGGUGCUGAGAUUUCUGAUGAUGGUAGAUAUGUCCUGCUCUCUAUUCGUGAAGGUUGUGACCCAGUGAACAGACUGUGGUACUGUGAUCUGCAGAAGAUUCCAAAUGGAAUAAAAGGAAUAUUACCUUGGGUGAAGCUGAUUGACAACUUUGAUGCUGAAUAUGAAUAUAUCACCAAUGAGGAUACAGUCUUCACCUUUAAGACUAAUUUAAAUGCACCUCGUUACUAUUUGAUUAACAUUGACUUUGAAGAGCCAGAGCCUUCAAAAUGGAAAGAACUUGUGUCAGAGCAUGAGAAGGAUGUUAUUGAAUUUGCUUCUUGUGUGCACUCAACUUACUUGUUUAUAUGUUACCUUCAUGAUGUGAAGAAUAUGCUGAAAAUGUACAGUCUGAAAACAGGAGCGCAUUUAAAGACUUUCCCUCUGGAUGUUGGGAGCAUAGUUGGAUUUACAGGCCGCAAGAAGGAUUCUGAAAUAUUUUACUACUUCACCUCAUUUCUUGUACCAGCUGUCAUUUAUCACUGUGACCUCACCGAAGAACCUUUGGAGCCCCGAAUAUUCAGGGAAGUAACAGUGAAAGGGUUUGAUCCUUCAGAAUACCAAACUGUUCAGGUUUUUUUCACCAGCAAAGAUGGAACACAAAUUCCCAUGUUUAUUGUGCAUAAAAAAGGAAUUCAACUGGAUGGUUCCCAUCCUGCCUUUCUUUAUGGAUACGGAGGAUUUAACAUAUCCAUAACUCCUAGUUAUAGUGUUUCCCGAUUAAUAUUUGUAAGGCAUCUAGGAGGUGUGUUAGCUGUUGCCAAUAUCAGAGGAGGUGGGGAAUAUGGUGAAACCUGGCAUAAAGGCGGCAUGUUGGCCCUCAAGCAGAAUUGCUUCUCAGAUUUCCAGUCGGCUGCUGAAUACCUCAUCAAUGAGGGUUACAGCUCCCCCUGCAAACUCACCAUUAAUGGAGGCUCCAAUGGAGGGCUCUUAGUAGCUGCAUGUGUGAACCAGCGACCUGACUUAUUUGGCUGUGCUGUUGCUCAAGUUGGGGUCAUGGAUAUGCUGAAGUUCCAUAAAUUUACUAUAGGCCAUGCCUGGACCACUGACUUUGGGUGCUCAGACAUUAAGGAGCAGUAUGAUUGGUUGAUCAAGUAUUCUCCACUCCACAAUAUUAAAAUACCAGAGGACGAUGGUGUCCAAUAUCCAGCAAUUCUACUUCUUACGGCUGACCAUGAUGACAGAGUGGUGCCCCUUCACUCCCUGAAGUACAUAGCAACCCUGCAGCAUAGUGUAGCAAGGAGUGCUAAGCAAACCAAUCCAUUAUUCAUCUAUGUGGAUACAAAAUCAGGGCACGGUGCUGGGAAGCCGACCAGCAAAGUUAUACAAGAGGUGGCCGACAUGUUUGCUUUUAUUUCCAGAUGCCUUGACCUUCAAUGGAUUAAGUAGAACAGCCUUUAAAUUGAUUUUUUUUUUUCCAAAUAACAGCAAAAUCUAAAUCUAGAAUGAAGGGCCUUAAAUAAAAGCAGGAAAAACAAAACUGAAAACAAGGCAUUCUGUACAUUGAAUAGUUUUAGGCAGAACUUUAUUAUUUAGACGGAUUACAUUCUCAAGAAACACAUUGUGAUGGCCACCUAAGUACUUGCAUUUUUUUCCCUAGACUUCUCAAUGAGAAUCGAUAGUGUUAAGUGUUGUUUUCAAACACCUCCAGUUGUUCAGUAGUGAAGUCCAAUUAUUUUAUAAUGCUAAUUAUGAUUUUAACAGGCUGAUUUUCGUGGGCCUGUCUUAACAUUGAUUCUUUGUGAAAUGUUUCCAUUCUUAGCAGCAAAUGCUCAUAAAAAAUAGAUUUGCAUUACUAGAAUGGCUGUUUCCCCUCAACAUAUCGAUCAGUUAUUUUAUUAAUGGGAUUUUAUUGGAGAGUUAUGAAACACUAUUUGAAGACAUCUGUUGGCACCAUUGCUGGUUUCUAAACCGUUUAGCACUAAAAGUGAUCUCGUGUUUUGCAUCAUUUCCUUUAUCUUGGCAUUUACAUUGUCUAAGUAGUAAGAAAUUUGGAGUCCUGAUUUGAACAAGUGGUGGGUUUUUAGGUUAUAAUGCAUCUGAAAGUCCGCCAACAGCUUUCCAUUUUAUUCAGAAUGCUUGAUUAUCAUGUUUUUGGUAGCAAAUUUCAAAUAGUUUUAUUGUACUGUAGAUAUUCUCCCUAAUGCCAGUCAUGAAAGAGCCCCAGGGUUAAUGGCCUUCUUGGGUAAAACUGUAAGUCUGUAUCUCACUUGUUGUUUUUUAACGGUGAAAGUCAUUUACAUAUACUGUGUUUUCUAGUUCUUUAAUGGUAGUAUCUUAAGCUUAAAAGUGGUAUGUGGAAUAUGAAACGUUCAGAGGCCACUUUUCUGAGUCACACUAGCUGUUGCAGAUUCAGGUAUUUAUUUAUCUUUUGCGUACAGAGAGAUUUCUUGGAAGCUAUGUGUUACACUGCAUCAUUUAAUAUGUUUACUGCAGAGCUGUUUAGUGUGUAAAUGGCUGCUGGUUUGAUGUUAAUAUUAAACUUCUACCUCGAGAUAAUAAUUUACAUGCUUACCUCUGUACACAUGAAUGAAUGUGCUCCUCACUCACAAAUAAAACAAUGGCAUUCUCCAGCCUCUUUAAA